AUGAGUGCGGACACAGGAGUGGAGAUCGAGCUGACCUCAGAUUUCAUCGCCAACAACUUUGUCGAACAGUACUACGCCGCGAUACACAAAGACCCGGAGCUCGUCCGCAAGUUUUACGGCGCCGACUCGGGAGUGGCUUCUCUGCCAGGCCUCGCGUGCAUCCAGCACCUGGUCGCGCAGUCGUCGGCGGAAGGUGCCUUCGGCGAUCCAGGACGCUGCCAAGGCAACGCCAUGGUCACCUUCACUUCGCAGGCCGCCGCGAGCUUCGCCCUCAAGAGCUUCGAAGAGAAGCCCGAUAUCUUCACCCUCGAGGGCAAGCCGGAUGCCGGAGCCGGCAAGCCGGUGCGGAUCGAGGAGCUGAAAACCUUCACCGAGCGCUACCCAGGCGGGGCUCCGGCCGGCCCGCGCGCGGGGAGGGCUGGCGGGCGAGGCGCGGAGGGGCGGGGGGAGGGACGGGGCAGCAAGGGGCGCGGGCGCGGCGACGGGAGCCGGCCGCCGCGCUCUCGAUCCGAGGCGAGUGGCGACGGGGGCGGGAAGGCUGCGGCGGCGAAGUGA